AUGUAUUUGCUUCUUUGUUUACCUUCCUGCUUAAUAGACAACUCUGCAUCUCUGUUUAAGCUGGUAGAGUUCCGGAAGAAUAAAGUGAGGGAUUAUGUGUCAGACUCAGAUUCAGACAAUGAUGAAUCCAGCAGCCCAGAAGUCAUUUUGAGACAGGCUCUGGCUGCAGUUUUGAUCAGGUUUCUCCAGACUCAACCGCAAGGGCGUGUGCUGAAAGCAUGCCUGAGAUCCUUACGGAUUCUCUCGAGGGACAAAAAGGUUUUGGGCCCUUUGAUCACUGACAGAGCGCUUCUCACUCUAGCACACCUGGGCGGCAUCAGCCACGCACCCGUUCCCAAAGAAGACACCGACGGUGAUGCUGACCCCUAUAAUGACAUCAUCCAGGCUAUUUCUGAGAGCAAAUUGGGUCGAGCGGAUGAGGAUGAUCACGACGGUGAGGAAGACGAUGGUUUUGGGGCCGUAAGCAGCGAUGUGAAUGACCCUGUGGUCUGGGCUCAGAGCGGUUGGUGUGGCGAGCGCAAGGCCAGCACUUUUUCAAUCAUGAGCCUCGGACCCUCUCGCAGGAGGAGCAGCGUCUUCAAAGCUCUCACGCCUGGUAAAAGAGACAGCAGAGGAAGCCUGGGAGGAGGAGAGGAAGAGGAGGAAAAAGAAGAAAAGUUCGAUGAUGAAGUCAACAGGAAGGAAGUCAUGAAAAUCUUCUGUAACAUUGUUUACAAUAAUGCUUGGGCACAAGAGAGAGCCAGCGAACUCAGUCUCCUCUGUGGUCUGACAGAAAAGCUAAAUAAGGAGUUUCAGUCCGCGUCUUCUCCUUGUGGUCAGUUUUAUGCACUCCGGUUGAUGUUUUUACUGACGGCGUUGAGACCUGAACUCAGAGCACAGCUGAAACAAGUAUCUUUCUUCUUCUAUUUUCUAAUAUUUUAGUGAGUUUUCAGAAAAUCUGCUAUUAUGUCAUAUACACUUACGUUUAGGCUCAGUCAGGACGCAUUAAAUGAUUAAA